UCAUUCUUGUGAAAAACCAGACACAGGAAGAAAGGAAGAGGAUCAUGGAGUCUAGUGAAGAGGCGAAGCUAAUAGAGAGAGAAGAAAGGGAAGAAGGGAAGGAGGAGGAGGGAAACUCGCUACCAGUGGAAGAGGAGAAGAAGAAGAUGAAGAUAGUUUUUGGCUUCGAUGAGAGCGAGGGCAGCUUCCACGCCCUCAGCUGGACUAUCGAAACCCUGUUUGGCCAUGGCCAAAACCCUGAUUUCGGCACCCUCUUGAUCGUUCACGCCAUACAGCCCUUCCAGCAGUAUUUCUUCCCAGCUGGGCCAGGUGUUUAUGUAACCCCCGUUGUUAUUCAGUCGGUGAAGCAAGCCCAGGAACAAAAUAGUGCCAGACUCUUGGGACGAGCACUGGCUUUAUGUAACGAGAAACAUGUGACUGCAGAAACAAUGACCAUUGAAGGAGACGCGAAGGAGAUGAUAUGCCAAGUUGUUGAACAAGUUCAUGCUGAUCUUGUCAUUGUAGGAAGCCGUGGUCUAGGCACGAUCAAGAGGACACUUCUGGGGAGCGUCAGUGACUACGUUGCCCACCACGCGAAAUGCCCCGUGAUGAUUGUGAAGCCACCAAAAUGAGGAGGAAGUAUUUGCUUCACCUGUUUCUGCAAUCAAUCUGUCCUAUCCUGUAGAUAAACAUGUGAAGAGACAUUGAGAUUUCAUAAUAAAGCUGUUCGUUGCGUCCAUGCCUGUA